UUAAUUUCAUUACGGAAAAAAAAUUAAUGUUGAUUUAGAGAUUUAGAUUCUACCCAGAAUGCCUAGCACGCUUCAAAAUAUUAGCGCGCGCUUAGCUUAGUGACGUAAUAAUAAAAUUAAACGACGUCAUAUCCAAUUAAAAAUUAGAUUGUUUCAAGUAGUUGAAUUGACAAGACGUGUUUGAUUAUCAAGUGAUUUUUAUUGUUCAAAAUGUGCGGAACAUUUCAGUCUAAAUUUAAGCGCAAUAACAAAGUAGCGCCUGUACCAUGUCCUUUCGAACUAGAGGUCCUCAGAAGAGCCAAAAUCCAAAUCGAGAAAGAAAAAGCUCUCCUCCAGAAAGAAAUCGCCAUACAAACCGGAUCAAGUCUCUUGUUCCUGGAUACCGAGAAUAGAGGAUGUGAAACGCCAGCUUGCGUUGCAUACGAUCUGAAUUUGGAUGGCAAUAUUGUGCAAAAGGGGCUGAAAGCAAGCUGUCCACGAAGACUGGCAAGAGACCCGAAGUUGCCCGUCCUGACAAGAGAGAUGCUGCUUGAGAAGCAGGCACAGGCAGAAGAGAACAGAAACAAGCAGCUGGAAAAGAUAAGAAAAGCCGCCGCCUUGAAAUCUUUGCAAGCGCGGGAAAAGAAAUUAGCAGAAGAAGAAGAAAAAUUGAAUAAGAUUGCAAAAAUAAACGAAAAGCUGGCCAAGGCCGACGAGAACAGACAAGCUCAGCUCGAAGGCGUUAAAACCAAAGCUAAAAAGUCCUCCAACAACACACGCAGCAAGAUAGCUGAAGCGCAGAACUUCGCCAAAGCACAGCAGACUUUGGUGCAGAGUGACAGAAAAUUGAAAGAAGCUCAAACCAAAAGAGAAAAAGCUGUUAGCAAGGUUGUCAGAAAACAGCGACAACGUGAAGCACAAGCCCAGAAAGUCCGASAAAGGGCAGCCAAGCAAAUGCA